UGGGCGCCUCCGCGCCGGGCCCAGCGUGCCGCGUGGUCAGUCUACCCACCUCCAUCCAACCUCGCCCGUCCCCUCGCCUCGCACGCGCGCGGCUCCCGGCAGCGCCGCCCCCGCCGCCCCGCACGCGGCGCGCAGCUCCCGCUCCCGCUCCCGGUCCCGGCUGCCGGCUCCCCGCGGCGCGGCCCAGGAGGCGGGGACGGGGCGGGCCGCGGGCUCUUUGCUCCCGGAAGCGGGUGGUUCUCAGGCUCCCGCCGAGCGGAUCGAGCUCCAGCAUCGUCGCCCGCACCUCCAGGAGCAGCGAGAGCGGCGCGGCCGCCCGCACAGCGCCACCCCGGCCCGCGCCCGCCUCUGCCGGCAAGAUGCUGUCUGUGUACCCGGAGGCGAAGCCCAACCCGCUGAGGGACGCGAACAUCUGCUCGCGCGUGUUCUUCUGGUGGCUAAACCCCUUGUUUAAAAUUGGUCACAAACGGAGAUUAGAAGAAGAUGAUAUGUAUUCAGUGCUUCCGGAAGAUCGCUCAAAACACCUUGGAGAAGAGUUGCAAGGGUACUGGGAUAAAGAAGUUUUGAGAGCCGAGAAAGAUGCACGGAAGCCUUCUUUAACAAGGGCAAUCAUAAAAUGUUACUGGAAAUCCUAUUUAGUUUUGGGAGUUUUUACGUUAAUUGAGGAAGUCGUCAAAGUAAUCCAGCCCAUAUUUUUGGGGAAAAUUAUUGAUUAUUUUGAAGGCUAUGAUCCCACUGGUUCUGUGGCUUUGCAUGAAGUGUACGCCUAUGCGGUGGUGCUGACUGCCUGCACGCUCAUCUUGGCCCUACUGCACCACUUAUAUUUUUAUCAUGUUCAGUGUGCUGGGAUGAGGUUAAGAGUAGCCAUGUGCCAUAUGAUUUAUCGGAAGGCGCUUCGCCUUAGUAACGUGGCCAUGGGGAAGACCACCACAGGCCAGAUAGUCAAUCUGCUGUCCAACGAUGUGAACAAGUUUGAUCAGGUGACAAUAUUCUUGCACUUUCUGUGGGCAGGACCACUGCAGGCUAUCGCAGUGACUGCUCUGCUCUGGAUGGAAAUAGGAAUUUCGUGUCUUGCUGGGAUGACUGUUCUAAUUAUUAUUCUGCCUUUGCAAAGCUGCCUUGGGAAGUUGUUCUCGUCAUUCCGGAGUAAGACUGCAGCUUUCACAGACGUCAGGAUCAGGACCAUGAAUGAAGUUAUAACUGGCAUAAGAAUAAUAAAAAUGUAUGCUUGGGAAAAGCCAUUUGCAGAGCUUAUUAGCAGUUUGAGAAGGAAGGAAAUUUCCAAGAUUCUGAGAAGUUCCUACCUUAGGGGAAUGAAUUUGGCAUCAUUUUUCAUUUCAAGCAAAAUCAUCAUUUUUGUGACCUUCACCACCUAUGUGCUCCUGGGCAAUGUGAUCACAGCCAGCCGUGUGUUCGUGGCAAUGACGCUGUACGGGGCUGUGCGUGUGACCGUCACCCUCUUCUUCCCCUCGGCCAUCGAGAGGGUGUCAGAGGCAAUCGUCAGCAUCCGAAGAAUCAAGAACUUUCUGUUACUUGAUGAGAUAUCACAGCAGAACCUUCAGCUGCCAUCAGACGGUAAAACGAUAGUGCAUGUGCAAGAUUUUUCUGCUUUUUGGGAUAAGGCAUUGGAAACUCCAACCCUACAAGACCUUUCUUUCACUGUCAGGCCUCGUGAGUUGUUAGCUGUGGUCGGACCAGUGGGAGCAGGAAAGUCAUCACUGUUAAGUGCUGUGCUGGGGGAACUGCCCCCGAGCCACGGGCUGGUCAGUGUGCACGGAAGAAUCGCAUAUGUUUCUCAGCAGCCCUGGGUGUUUUCAGGAACCGUGAGGAGUAAUAUUUUAUUUGGGAAGAAAUAUGAAAAGGAACGAUAUGAAAAAGUCAUAAAGGCUUGUGCUUUGAAAAAGGAUUUACAGCUUUUGGAAGAUGGAGAUCUAACUGUGAUAGGAGAUCGAGGAGCCACGCUGAGUGGAGGGCAGAAAGCCCGGGUCAACCUGGCAAGAGCAGUGUAUCAAGAUGCAGACAUUUACCUCCUGGACGAUCCUCUCAGUGCCGUAGAUGCAGAAGUCAGCAGGCACUUGUUUGAACUGUGUAUUUGUCAAACCUUGCAUGAGAAGAUCACAAUCUUAGUGACUCAUCAGUUGCAGUACCUAAAAGCUGCCAGUCAGAUUCUGAUAUUGAAAGAUGGCAAAAUGGUGCAAAAGGGGACUUACACUGAGUUUCUGAAAUCCGGGGUAGAUUUUGGUUCCCUUUUAAAGAAGGAAAAUGAGGAGACUGAACAAUCUCCAGUUCCAGCAACUCCCACCCAGAGGAAUCGGACCUUCUCGGAGUCUUCGGUUUGGUCUCAACAGUCUUCUAGACCCUCAUUGAAAGACGGCACUCCAGAGGUCCAAGAUACUGAGAAUGCACAGGUUACGCUGUCAGAGGAGAGCCGUUCUGAAGGAAAACUUGGUCUUAAGACCUACAAGAGUUACUUCAGAGCUGGUGCUCACUGGCUUGUCAUCAUUUUCCUUAUUCUGCUAAACCUCAUAGCUCAGGUAGCCUACAUUCUUCAGGACUGGUGGCUUUCAUACUGGGCAAAUAAGCAAAGCGCCCUGAACGUCACUGUAAAUGGAAAAGGAAAUGUAACUGAGACGCUCGAUCUUAACUGGUACUUAGGAAUUUAUUCAGGUUUAACUGUAGCUACCGUCAUUUUUGGCAUAGCAAGAUGUCUGUUGGUAUUCUACGUCCUUGUUAAUUCUUCACAAACUUUGCACAACAGAAUGUUUGAGUCCAUUUUGAAAGCUCCGGUAUUGUUCUUUGAUAGAAAUCCAAUAGGAAGAAUUUUAAAUCGUUUCUCCAAAGACAUUGGGCAUAUGGAUGACUUGCUGCCCUUCACCUGUCUAGAUUUCAUCCAGUCAUUUCUACAAGUGAUUGGUGUGGUGGGCGUGGCGGUGGCAGUGAUUCCUUGGAUGGCAAUACCUCUGAUUCCCCUGGUCAUCAUUUUCUUUGUUCUUCGGCGAUAUUUCUUAGAAACGUCAAGAGAUGUCAAACGCCUGGAAUCUACAACACGGAGCCCAGUGUUUUCCCACUUAUCGGCUUCUCUCCAGGGACUCUGGACCAUCCGGGCGUACAAAGCUGAAGAGAGGUUUCAGGAACUGUUCGAUGCACACCAGGAUUUGCACUCAGAGGCUUGGUUCUUGUUUUUGACUACGUCCCGGUGGUUCGCCGUGCGUCUGGAUGCCAUCUGUGCCAUCUUUGUCAUUGUUAUUACCUUUGGGUCCCUGAUUCUGGCAAAAACGUUGGAUGCCGGGCAAGUGGGCCUCGCGUUGUCCUAUGCCCUCACGCUCAUGGGGAUGUUCCAGUGGUGCGUCAGGCAGAGUGCCGAAGCUGAGAAUCUGAUGAUUUCAGUGGAAAGGGUGAUUGAGUAUACAGACCUUGAGAAAGAAGCACCUUGGGAAUACCAGAAACGCCCCCCACCGACCUGGCCCCAUGAAGGAGUGAUUGUCUUUGAUAACGUUAACUUCACGUACAGUUUAGAUGGGCCUCUGGUACUGAAGCACCUGACAGCACUCAUUAAAUCAAAAGAAAAGGUUGGCAUUGUGGGAAGAACAGGAGCUGGAAAAAGUUCCCUCAUUUCGGCCCUUUUUAGAUUGUCAGAACCCGAAGGUAAAAUUUGGAUUGAUAAGAUCUUGACAACCGAAGUUGGACUUCACGAUUUAAGGAAGAAAAUGUCAAUCAUACCUCAGGAACCUGUUUUAUUCACUGGAACAAUGAGGAAAAAUCUGGAUCCCUUUAAUGAACAUACAGAUGAGGAACUGUGGAAUGCCUUAAAAGAGGUACAACUUAAAGAAGCCAUCGAAGAUCUUCCUGGUAAAAUGGAUACUGAAUUAGCAGAAGCAGGAUCGAACUUCAGUGUUGGACAGAGACAAUUGGUCUGCCUUGCCAGGGCUAUUCUCAGGAAAAAUCGGAUAUUGAUAAUUGAUGAAGCAACAGCAAAUGUGGAUCCAAGAACUGAUGAGUUAAUACAAAAAACAAUCCGUGAGAAAUUUGCCCAGUGCACUGUGCUAACCAUUGCACACAGGUUGAACACCAUUAUUGACAGUGACAAGAUUAUGGUUUUGGAUUCAGGAAGGCUGAAAGAAUAUGAUGAGCCGUAUGUUUUGCUGCAAAAUAGAGAUAGCCUAUUUUACAAGAUGGUGCAACAACUGGGCAAGGCAGAAGCUGCUGCGCUCACUGAAACAGCAAAACAGCAGGCCCAGGAAAGCUGGCAGCUGGUAUAUGGAUUUAGCGGUUCCCGUCCAGUGGACAAAGGCCACGAAGAACUGUUGGGAGGCGAUUCCUGGAUAUAUGCUCACCAAGCGUUACCUGUAGACUAAACCAAAUGGAAUGUCCAGAAAACAUGUAGCUCUGUUUUUCAAAUUUAUGUAGGGGAUGGGAUUCGUAAAAACAAUUUCAUUUUAAAGUGUUACUGAAUUCAAGGUAGCUCUCUUCAAGGAGCAUUUGCCUCAACAGAACGCAGCAGUGCAACUGCAAUUGUGCCAGUUGUCUCCCGGCAUCCAUCAACCCCUCCCCCAACGAGUGGCAGCCACUUGUAGUUGUCUUGGAUUGGCGGAAGCCAAUGGUUCACAAACCCGGCUACCCAUUAAAGGCACGUGGGGAGCUUCUCUAACGCCCAGACACACCUACAGCAACUGAAUCAGGAUCUCUGAAGUGAGGGGUGAGUCUAAUGAGCAGAGUUGAGAACCGCUGGUCCAAACCAUCAGCGAAAUCUCAUUCCCUUGCCACCAUAUUUGUUGAGAGAUGGGCAGUGGCCUGAGGCCUAAAACGAUCAUCAUAUGAUGAGGUGAGCUGCAGGGAGGGGGUAUUGGAAACCAGGAAGAAUAUAAGCAAAAAUACAGGAGUGUGAAAUGCACUGGAUAUAGGAAAUAGUAAGAUGUUCAGAAGUCAGAAACAAAGAGUUUAUGUUAUGGAAGGUGGAAGAUGAUGAGGCUGGAAGACAGGUAGACAGGUUUAAGAGUGUAUUAUUAAGAGGUCUAACUGGCACAGCCUAUGAAUUUAUCUUACAGGGGGAAAAAAAAUUUUUAAGCCUAAGAUUUACAUGAUCAGAUUUGGUUUUUAGGAAGGUAAUUUUGGUGUCACUAUGGAGAAGGGAUCUAAAUGGAGAGAGAUGAAGGCCAGGAACUGAUUAAGAGAUGGGUGCAGUGGGCUGGCGAAGAAAUUCUGUAGGGCUGGUGAGUUAUGAGACAUUCCAGAAACUUAGAGGACUUCCAUGUACUUGGACAAAUGUGGUCUUGGUAUAGAAUUCUUCUUCUAAUCUUCUUCACCACAGUGCCUGAUAAUGUAUUCUAAGGAGGAGAGACAGAAGGAGGGAAGGAAAUUUUCCCAACUUUUUUUAAACCACAGAACAAUGAAAAAUUAUAACAUAUUGACAGAACAUUAUCAGGAGCUCAAAAAACAUUCUCAGAUUAAAUGCAUGAAAUUAUCAAAAUUUGAUGGAUAUGCUUGUUUAAAAGUAGGUUUAUUGAGGCAAUUUUAUAUAAAAUAAAAUUCACCAAUUUUAAAUGUGCAGUUUCAUGAGUUUUGAAAUGUGUAUAGUCCUGUGACCAACACCAUAAUCACUAUAUAUAACAUUUCCAUCACCCACCAAAUUCCCUCAUGUCCCUUUGAAGUCAUUCCCCUUCUUGCAUCUCCAGCCCUUGGCAACCACUGAUCAGGUUUCUAUCCCUAUGGUGUUGUCUUUUCUAGAAUAUCAUAUAAAUGGAAUCAUACAGUUUGUAGUCUUUUGAAUCUGGCUUUUUUUACUUAGCAGAGUGCUUUUGAAAUGCAUCCAUGUUGUGACAUUUAUCAAUAGCUAGUUCCUACUUGUGCUUGAGUGAUAUUCCACUGUAUGGAUAUAUCAGAAUUUAUUCGUCCUUUCACCACUUGAUGGACAUUUGGGUUAUGUAGUGGCCUGAAGAUACAUCUGCAUCCUAAUCCCCGGAACCUGUGAAAAUUACCUGAUGCGGCAAAAGAUGUGAUUAAGUUAAAGACUGAGAGGAGGAAUUUAUUCAGGAUUAUCUGGGCUUGCUGUAAGUGCUAUCACAUGUAUCCUUAUAAGAGCGAGGCAGAGGGAGUUUAGGGAUAGUCUUGUGGAACAGAGGUGAUGUGAUGAUGGAGCAGAGAGAGAUGCAUCCAGGAGACAGGGAAUGCCGACACCCACCAGAAGCUGAAAGAGGAAGGAUUCUCUGCUAGAGCCUCCGGGAGUGCAGCCCUACAUGCACCUUAAUUUUGGACUCUGGCAUCCAGAACUGUAAGAGAAUAAAUUUCUUUUGUGUUAAGCAAUGAAUGAGAAUUCAAGCUUCUCCACAUCCUCACCAACACUUGGUAUUGUCAGUCUUUUUUAGUUUUAGCCAUUCGAAUAGGUGUGUAGUGGUAUCUCAUUUGGUUUUAACUUGCAUGUCCUUAAUGGCUAGUGGUGUUGAAUAUCUUUGCAUCUGUUUAUUUGCCAUGUAGAUUUUCUUUAGUGAGAGGUCUGUUCAAAUCUUUUGCUCAAUUUUUAUUGAAUUGUCUUUUAUUAUUGAUAAUUUAUGUGCUUUUUAUAUACAAUAUAAUAAUAACAUACAAAUCAACUUUAUUGAGAACAAACGAUAUAAAGAUUAAAAUAAAGCAUCUUUCAGUUUACACUGUGUAU